GUCGGGGCCUCGCAGAGCGGACAUGCAUCCAUUCCUCAUAAGCCAUGGAGUGAGCUAAAGGGGUCGCGUCGAUCUUGUUGGGGCUGCACUUGGGAUCAGGGCUGCCAGUGGCAACCUCAGUCAUGUCUGGCCGUACAGUGCCACAUGCCCACCCAGCCACUGCCGAGUACGAAUUUGCCAACCCCAGCCGCCUGGGUGAGCAGCGCUUCGGAGAAGGUCUCCUUCCAGAAGAGAUCCUGACCCCCACCCUCUAUCAUGGCUAUUAUGUUCGGCCUCGGGCCUCCAGAGCUGGGGAGGGCAGUAGGGCAGGGGCCUCAGAGCUCAGGCUCAGCGAGGGCAAGUUCCAGGCAUUUCUUGAUGUGAGCCACUUUACCCCAGACGAGGUGACCGUGAGGACUGUGGACAACCUGCUGGAGGUGUCGGCUCGGCACCCCCAGCGUCUGGAUCGACACGGCUUCGUGUCCCGAGAGUUCUGUCGCACCUAUGUCCUGCCAGCAGAUGUGGACCCCUGGCGGGUCCGAGCUGCCCUCUCCCAUGAUGGCAUCCUUAACUUGGAGGCACCUCGGGGUGGCCGGCAUUUGGACACGGAAGUCAAUGAGGUUUACGUCUCUCUGCUCCCUGCGCCUCCUGACCCAGAGGAAGAGGAAGAAGUAGCCAGAGUUGAAUCCUGACUGCCCACGGGAGAGCCAGCACCCAGUGAAUCUCCUGUCUACGUCUCACGGGGAUUCCAGAAGUCUACCACCCCAGAGGUAGCAGCAUCCUCAGGGGAAGGGAUAGGUGUAUGGUCCACAGUGUAUGAUUUGGCUCUUUGAUGUAUCACAG